GAAAACGAAACUGAAACCUAUCAGUGUUUGUGGUAAAAUGGCAGAAGCCAGUUCAACACUGGAUCCGAAUCAGUUCACCUGUCCAAUAUGUCUGGAUCUACUGAAGAAUCCAGUGGCUACAGCCUGUGGACACAGUUACUGUAUGAGCUGCAUUAAGAGCUGCUGGGAUCAGGAGGAUCAUCUUGGAGUUUACAGCUGCCCCCAGUGCAGACAGACCUUCACACCCAGACCUGUUCUGGGCAGAAACACCAUACUGGCUGAAGUGGUGGAGAACCUGAAGAAAACUGGACUACAAGCAGCUACUCCUGCUGAUGAUUAUGCUGGACCUGGAGAUGUGGAGUGUGAUUUCUGUACUGGGAGAAAACACAGAGCAGUUAAGUUCUGCCUGGUGUGUCUGGCCUCUUACUGUGAAACUCACCUUCAGCCUCACUAUGAGUCUCCAGCUUUUAAGAAGCACAAGCUGACUGAUGCCACUGAACGUCUGCAGGACAAGCUCUGUUCCCAGCAUGACAAACCCCUGGAGGUCUACUGCCGUACCGACCAGCAGUGUAUCUGUCUGCUCUGUGUCAUGGGUGAACACAAAGGCCACGAUACAGUCUCAGUUGCUGUACAAAGGACAGAGGUCCAGAAACAAAUGGGAGAAACACAGAAGGAAUUUCAGCAGAGAAUUCAGAUGAGAGAGAAGGAGCUGAAGGAGCUGAGAGAGUCUGUGGGCUCAUUCAGAAGCUCAGCACAGUCAGCAGUGAAGGACAGCGAGAGGAUCUUCACUGAGAUGAUCCACUCCAUUGAGAGAAGACGCUCUGAGGUGACAAAGCUGAUCAGAGAUCAGGAGAAGGCUGCAGUGAGUCUGGCUGAAGGACACAUGGAGAUACUUAAGCAGGAGAUUGAUGAACUGAAGAGGAGACACUCUGAGCUGGAGCAGCUUUCACACACAGAGGAUCACAUCCAUUUCCUCCAGAGGUACCAGGGUCUUACUGUCAACUCUGAAACUGGAUUUGGACCCAGAAUCUCUGUCAAUCCACGCUGCUCUUUUGGGAACGUGAGGAAGGUGGUUUCUAAGCUGAAGGAUCAACUGGAGGAUGUUUGCGAAAAGAAAACGGCAGAGAUCCAUCAUACAGUUGCCAAGGACGCCGUCCUACCAGCAUUAGUGCCCAGGACCAGAGCAGAAUUCUUACAAUAUUCCUGUCAGCUCACUCUGGACCCCAAAACAACAAACAAAUGCCUCCGUCUGUCUGAGGGGAACAGAGUGGCGACAUGGAAGGAAGAGAUACAGUCAUAUCCUGGUCACCAGGAGAGGUUUGACCCACGCCUCCAAGUGCUGUGUACAGAGGGUCUGAUUGGACGCUGCUACUGGGAGGUUGAGUGGAGUGGGCGUUCGAUUGGUAUAGCUGUCACAUAUAAAGGGAUCAGCAGGAAAGGAUGGGGUGACAACAGCAGGCUUGGAAGCAAUGACAAGUCCUGGUGUUUGUACUGGUCAGCCUCCAGUUACUCAUUCCAACACAAUAAUGUACAAACUGCACUACCUGACCCCCCCUCCUCCAGGAUAGGAGUGUAUCUGGAUCACUGGGCAGGAAUUCUGUCCUUCUACAGCGUCUCUGACACAGUGACCCUCCUGCACAGGGUCCAGACCACGUUCACUGAGCCCCUCUAUCCUGGGUUUCAGCUUUGGAGAAGUGUAGCCAAACUGUGCUGAGUAGCCUAAUAAAUGCAUCUCAUUAAAUGUAAUAAUUAAUAAUACUUAAUUUAAUAAUAAUAAUUGGUACUUUUAUUGAUUCCCUUGAAUAAAUCCUCUUUACACCUUCCCCAACUUGCUGUCUGUAGGUGAGAGCAAACUGGCUGCAAAGGGCAGCCACCCAAAGCAUCGCGUAGGGAGCUGGGGGUUAAGGGCCGUAGUCAAGGACCCACAGAUGUAGCUCAUGCAGCUACAUGCUGCCCCCUAUUGUAUAAAAGCGGAAGUAAUGGACAUAGAAAAAAUCUUAAUAAAAAGGACAAUUUUACAGAUUUAUUAUGCAGUAUGGAUUUUGGCCAAAGAUGUGAGGAAAUAAAAGCUAAAAAAAAUCAAUACAUUUAUAAGUUUUUAUGUGAAAUUUCUGUGCAGUGACCCCAAGUUUGUUCAUGUGCCUUUAAAUAAUAAUAACAGAUUUAGUUAGUAUAUUAUAAAAAAUUAUUCCUUCUGUCAUAUGGAAAUCACCAUUUUUACCCAGUGAUACUUCUCAGAAAUACUAAAAUCAGUAUAAAUUCACCAAAUGUUGUGCUGUCAUGUAAGAUAUCCAUCCAUCCAUCCAUUUUCCAAACCGCUUAUCCUAUUGGGUCGCGGGGGGUCCGGAGCCUAUCCCGGAAUCAAUGGGCACGAGGCAGGGAACAACCCAGGAUGGGGGGCCAGCCCAUCGCAGGGCACACUCACACACCAUUCACUCACACAUGCACACCUACGGGCAAUUCAGCAACUCCAAUUAGCCUCAGCAUGUUUUUGGACUGUGGGGGGAAACCGGAGUACCCGGAGGAAACCCCACGACGACACGGGGAGAACAUGCAAACUCCGCACACAUGUGACCCAGGUGGAGACUCGAACCCGGGUCCCAGAGGUGUGAGGCGACAGUGCUAACCACUGCACCACCAUGCCGCCCCUCAUGUAAGAUAUGUUUGUGGAAAAUUAACAAUGAUUGCUUUAAUGUUUCCUUUUUCCUGUUUUUUUCUAUUCUGUCUUAAUGAUAUUCUAAUGAAUCACAACACGCCCAAUUAAAGCACCUUGGAGCGACCCUGUUAUGAAAGGCACUAAUAAAAAAAAUAAAUUGAAAUAUACUUAAAACUGUGCCCUGUGCUUCCUGGAACAGGCUCCCUGAAUUGUAUAUAGCGGGUACCGAAAAUGUAAAGAGGUUUCAGGAUUCGUCCCUCUCUUGUCCCAUUCUGUCUGUUGUUUUCCCAUAUGGCCAGCAGGUGUCACUGGCCAUUCCAUUCGCUCCUCUGUGUUGAGCAGCUUCACUGUCCCUAAUGUUUUCCCCAGCUCCCUCGGCCACCACCAAGUUGAAUGUCCUAAAUGUGCUUCCAAGUAAUCAAACAUCCCGAACAGUUGUGGUUUUUGAUGUUUCCUGCCCUGACUCUUUAUCUGUUCAUUCAAUGUUUACCAUUUUUCUUGUGUAUUUCCGUACUGAGUCUUGUUUUGCACCCUUGUUCUUAGCUAUCCUUCUUUGUGUGUAGCUUCGUAGUUUUGGCCUGUUUUACCUGUGUUUCUUCUAUUUCUUAGUGUUUGAUUCCUUGGGAUUUUGUGCUUGUUAAUGAUCCUGACCUGUUUUGGUGUAACUCCCAGUUCCCUGUGUGUAUUGGUAA